AUUCGCAGCCAAUCGGGUUCGUCUUAUUAGUAGUACCAUAGGUGACUUCCUUAUAAACCAAAAAAUAUUGAAUCUAGGAGACGCAGGAACGAAUGUAAUUUAUCUAGUGGUGAACACUUGCGUGUUUUGAUUAAAAGAAGCAUUCUAUCGGGUGAUUGGAUUAGUCAAUGGCUAAUCCUCAUGAGUUGGAGAAAGAUGCCGAUUGGUUCAAAAGACUUGCAGUGUGGGAAGAGUCUCGGAAACAAUACAGAUCUGCUGUAUUUUACUACACUGAAGCUGCUCAAGCACUCUUGAAUUCUUUGGAAGCAGGCUCAAAAACUGAAGGUUUAUUAGAAUUAGCUCAGAAUUACAACAACAAAGUGAAAGAACUCAAAUCAAAAACUGUGGUGGAAGAUACUUCCAUACCGAACUCUCAUAUUUCUAAAAGCAAAGCUGAUUUUGCAAGGGCUCUUUUCUUACUGGAUGAUGGUACUACGGAAGAUGAAAAAGGAAACUUCCACAAGGCUUUUGAGCUCUACACAUUGGCUGUAGAGUUAAUGUUAUCCAUAAAACGUGAUGUCCAGGAUCCCUCUUUACUUAAAUCCAUUGAAACAUUUUCCAAAAGGGGUUUAGAUCGGGCAGAAGAAUUAAAGGCAUAUGUUCAAAGAACACAGCCUCCUUGUUCUGAUUCCCGUUCUUCUUGUAGCACUUUAACGUCAGGAGCAUCUAAGAAAUCCCACGGUUUUCAUAAACCCAAUAUGUCUUCGUCUUUGAAAGGAGACCCUGGCGGUUUCACUGUCGAAGAACUGGAGGUAUUGAGAUCCACGUCCGUUAUAAAUGGUCGUGAGUAUUUACCGUUUCUUGACGCCCUUGAUCUACAAGAACGAUUUUCCUUUGCUAAUCCUUUUGUUGAUAAAGAUGGACUUUUAGCACUGUCAAAUAAACAGAAAUCUUUACUUAGCCGUUGGGUACGUCCUUCUGAUUACAUUAAUGGACCAAAAAUGAUUUUGGCAAUAUCUUGCUUUUCUAUAUGCCAAACUGUAGUUACUGAUUGUUCAUUUGUAGCAUCGAUGGCGAUUGCUGCUCAAUAUGAACGACGUUUUAAAAAAAAGCUCAUUACAAAUGUUAUAUAUCCUCAAGGCAUAACUAAUGAAGCUAUUUAUAAUCCAUGUGGAAAAUACAUGGUUCGUUUAAAUUUCAAUGGAGUUCCACGAAAGGUAAUUAUAGAUGACUUUUUGCCAAUGGGAAAGGAUGGAAAGCUGCUAUGUUGUUAUUCAAAUAAUCAAAAUGAAUUAUGGGUAUCUUUAUUAGAAAAAGCUUAUAUGAAAGUGAUGGGCGGAUAUGAUUUCCCAGGAUCAAAUUCGAAUAUUGAUCUGCAUGCGUUGACUGGUUGGAUUCCUGAACGUAUCUCCAUUCGAUCUAGUUCUACAAGUUUUGAUAAAGAUAGAGAAUUUCGUCGUCUUUUAAGUCGAUUUCAUAAAGGUCACUGUCUAGUUACAAUUGCAACUGGACAGUUAUCCGAUGAUGAGAGUGAACGGUCAGGUUUAGUUCCAACUCAUGCUUAUGCUAUGUUAGAUAUACGUGAGGUGGAGGGUUAUCGUUUAUUUUUACUGAAAAAUCCAUGGAGUCAUAUGCGUUGGAAAGGUAAUUUCUCUGAACGUGAUUCAAAACACUGGACCCCCAGUAUGCAAGCUAAGCUGAAUUUUGAUAGAUCAUCUGCACAGUUAAUUGAUAAUGGUGUAUUUUGGAUAGAUUAUGAUUCUUUAUGUCAUUUCUUUGAUGUAUUUUAUAUUAAUUGGGAUCCAGGACUAUUUCAAUAUACUACAUGUGUUAAUGAUUGUUGGCUUGCUGGAUCUGGACCAAAGAAAGAUUCUUACGCUAGUGCUGAAAAUCCACAGUAUAAUUUGGAAGUUACUGCCCAAACUGAAUCACCUAUAUGGGUGCUUUUAACAAGACAUAUUGUAGAUAAAGCAGAUUUUGCCGAAAACAAAGAAUUCAUUGCAGUGGUUGUUUAUAAAGAUGUCAAAUCUCGUAAAGUCUAUUAUCCUUAUGAUCCUGCACCAUUUCGCGAUUCUGUACGUAUUAAUAGUCCACAUUGUUUAGUUAAAAUGCUUCAAGAUCCUGGGACAUGUAAUUACAUUCUUUUGAUUUCACAAUAUGAGAAAUCAAUAACAAUUUAUUAUACAUUACGUGUAUAUUCAACAGCACCAUUUACCUUGUCAAAAAUCAAAGAUCCCUAUACUAUAUCAAAACAAUGAAACUCAUUCAUAAUCCAAUGCAGAACCUGGCAUUUAUUGUACAUCAGCUCAAAUGACCAUAUUGUAUCGGCAUAGAGAGGUGAAAUUAUCUAUAUACACUUCAAAAGUAAUAAAAGCACUCGAAGUAGUAAACAAUUUUAAAACUGACGGUCUAAAAGGAAACAUAGGCUAUUGAUUCUGAACAAUAUUACUGAACAUCUUCAAUUUUUAAUUAAAAUAAACAUGAGGACCUCGACUAUUCUGUUUAGAUCUAUCAACAAGUUUCAUUUCAACUGCGCAGAGUGAUCCUGGGAAUUCUUAAUGAAAUUUCUCCAUUUCAUUGCAAUCAUUUUUGUGCAAUGAAUAUUGACCAGGUAACAGGCGUACCAACCUUGUAUUGUUUUUAUUUUUAAUUCUGACGUAAUAACUAAGUUUACCGAUUUGACUUUCCAGUUUGUUGCACUCAUUGUUUAAAAGCGUUCAAAUGAUAUUUAUCAGUGAGCUUAGUAUGAAAUACCAAAUCGAUUAAAGUAAUAUUUACCCAUAGAAACGAUCCCUCGAGUUCAAUUGAUGAAUAGAUUUCAAAUUAAUGAACGUAUGGCUUGAUGGUAAAAUGUAUUAGGGUAUCAAAGCUGUUAUACUUAUAGACAAAAUGUCUGGCGCUUUUACCAGGUUAGUGGAUAUGAAAGUUAGCAACCAUUAUCUUUCAGUGAGAGAAAUGCUUAAUGCGGAAGAUUCCAGUCGAUAGAUAUUCUCUAUACCUAGUAUUUUAUACUACCACUAAUAUUUCAUCUCUUUAGUAGCUCUAAGAUUUGUCUUGUUAAUUUCAUUCGGCUGUGUUUAUGUGAUAUGGGAACUUAAACUGAUGAACAUAUGUACUGGUUUCUACAUUAUUUAAGAUUGAUUGAUCCAAUGUUAACGCCGAAUUUCAUGUUAGAACUGUUAUUAGCUAUCAUUAUUUUAGCUUGGUAAUGAUAUAUACAUGUUUUUUAACCAGUUGCUAUCUUGUGGUACAUUCUUAUCGAUCAUAUAAUAAUAAUGUUUAAGUGAAAUCAUAAAGAUUGUAAGGAGUGGUCAGAAAAACCCAAUUAAUUAGUGAUUUUAAAAAAAAUUUCCUUUCGAAUAUGUUUCAUCAUAACGCUAUAUGGAUUUCUAUGAGAAGCUAUAAACUGUUGUGUAUAAAAUUAGUUAGAAGCCAAAAAGUGAGAUGUUAUUCUGGAGUUGUAUUGCGAGUUGGAUAAAUGAAAUCAUUUGAUUUCUAUACUGUUAAAAUAAUAUUGAGCGUUUAUACAAACAUUUACAGAAUGUAUGUUAUUUAGAUGUAUAUAAUUGUUUUUGUUGGUCCGGUCUAUUUUUAACUCAGCUGAAAACAUUCAUGUAAGCGAAUUAAUAAAAGCUUUAGACGAAAUGGAGGAGGUUUGUGCAUACACAGUCUCUUGUUCUUCUGAUAAAAACGCACAUUUCCUUAAUGCUAAUCGAAUAUUACAUAUCAAGUUUGUAAUUUAUUCGAUUUUUUUCCUACUUUUACGGUAAUAAAAACGUUACUAUAUACAUAUAUCGUUUAACGUGAAAUACACGGACUAUUUGUUUAUAAUGCUAUUCCAUUGUUUAGUAUUCCAUGACCACGAUAUUUCAACCAACUCUUCCCUAAUUAAAACAGCAAUUGGUAGGAAACAAAAUACGUACUCCGAAAAUUCCAGUAAAGAAGAUACAAUAGUAAAAAUAGAGUUUAUAUAAAAAUCUCCUAGUGUCUUCUCGAUUCGUUCACUAGCAAUAAUUGGUUGGAAAUUUAACAAUCAGUAUAUAUAAUCUGGAACCUGGUCAGGACAUAGACAUUAACACCAUUUGAUGCCAACUCACUGAUAUAGACGUAAAACGUUCGUGCGCAGGGUCGAAGGUCUUGAAUUCGAUUCCUAUUGAUGGUGUUGUGGAUGUCCGCUGCUAAACAGUCCCCAUACUAGAACCAAGUAGCUUUCUACAGCUUCUUGGUUUUCAUUUCCAGACUAUACUUGUGUUCUUGACUCUACUCUAAAACUACUACUACUAAACACAUUUUCCAGCGUUAACACCGACAGCAGGAUAACCAACUGGGUGUGUUCUUACCUCUCUGAAAUCGAACAGUAUACUGUGCUUGGAGGAAAUUGUUUUGCGUUCUCACGGACUCAAGGUGUGCCAAAAAAGCUAUUCUUUUCUCAAUUUCUCUGCAUAAUGUGACAUCUACAGAAAAAACUUUUGUUAGGUAUACAGAUGAUCUCACUAUAUACACAUCGAUUUCUACCUCUUCACAUCCCCUUACAAUGGAUGAGUUCUUGUCUCUCAUUGAACAAUGGUCUCACACUUAAUCCUUCUACAUGUUAGAAUGUUAAUUUUAGUCUGAAACAUGAAUAACACUUAAACAUCCCAAAAAGCUUGUAGUAAUAUUCUUUGACAAAAACGGUGUCAACGGUCAUUUAUUUUGGUGUAAGUUUUUCUUCUGAUCUCUUAAUCUAUUCAUGCUUUAUUGAUAUUGAGGAAAAUCCUUUUUUGAAUUACUAUACAAACAGACCACAUGUUUUUGGCAUUGCUCCGUAUUUAUUUUCACGGUUUAAUUAUUAUAUUGUGUUGUUCUUCACUAUUCCCCAUUAUUCUUUCCUGGGCUUUUGAGAAAAGAUUUUGCCGUAUUGUGGAGAGUGCUGAAGGCAUUUACCAGGAUUUGUGAUGAAUUUUUGGGCUUAUUAUGUAUAUGAUUGCGGAUAGACAUUUAAAAUCUUGCCAGAUACUAACCAUCCAUUUCACUUACAUCUGCCUCCUCGUAUAUCUUCUUAUAGAACGAGACGCUAUUUCAUUCAAAUCCGUGCACGCAAGCAAAGAUAUAAAAACUCUACAACACUUAUCUCGCAAAUGUACUACGUGACGAGCAGGUUGUAAAAGCUAACCUAAUCACUAACUUGUAUCCUUAAAUAUAUCGCUAAUGAAAAGUUGUGCAUAUUUUUAUUUUGCUUUAAAAAAGAUUCAUUGAAUUCCAG